AUGAACCUUAUGUUUUUCAAACGACGUAUUUAUGUUCUUAUUUUUAAAACAUUAGUUCGAUUGCUCCUGGGCAUAGUUCUUAUAUAUGUUUACUGUGAAUAUCUAAUUUACUAUGUUACCCAACUACAAUGUCGCUGGCCAACAUUAGACAAAAAGCCAAUUAGGAACGUUGAACCAGUCCAGGCUAUGGUUCUGGCUGAUAUUCACCUUUUAGGUUCCAAAAAUGGUCACUGGCUGGACAAAGAGCGACGAGAGUGGCAAAUGCAUCGUGCAUUUCAAACAGCAAUGACAUUGCACAGGCCUGAAUUAGUAUUUAUUUUAGGUGAUUUAUUUGAUGAGGGUAAAUGGUGUUCACAAAAGGAAUUUAAUGACUACAUUGAAAGAUUCUACAAAUUGUUUACAACACCAAAAGACACUACCAUGUAUAUAGUAGCUGGUAAUCACGAUAUUGGUUUUCAUUAUAAGAUCACCCCACAUACAGCAAAUAGAUUUGAAGUCAAACUCGAUGCACCUCCCGUUAAGUUGGUGAGUGUUAGAGGAAAUCAUUUUGUGCUCAUUAAUUCUAUGGCUAUGGAAGGUGAUGGGUGUUCACUGUGUUCUAGAGCAAUUUCAGAACUUGAAAGAAUUGCAGAUACCCUAAAAUGCAGCAGUGGUUCGACAUUAUGCAAAGGAAAGACUAAGUUGCCAUAUUAUAGUAGACCAAUAUUCAUGCAACACUACCCUCUCUACAGGGAGUCAGAUACUAUUUGUACAGAACCAGACGCGGCCCCUUUGCCCCGAAGAAAUGUCCUUUUCGAAGAACGAUGGGAUUGCUUGUCGAAGGAAUCGACAGAAUAUUUGAUAGAGAUGUUGUUACCCCGAGCGGCUUUCGGGGCUCAUACGCAUAACAGCUGUAUUGUUCGGCAUAGUUUUGUCCCCAGACCUGACCAUAAGAUAGAGUUCGUGGAGUACACCGUACCAUCAUUUUCAUGGAGAAAUCGAUUGGACCCUAAGUAUUAUUUGCUGGCAGUAACCCCAGACGAGGUAAAGGUGGCCAAGUGCGAGUUGCCGCGCGAGUCGACGAUUCAGGUCACGGCCGUGCUGCUAGUUCUUAUUCUAGCCGUCUACUUACGCUACUUUAUAACGUCGAGGUCUUACAGACAUCUAUCUGACAAGAAAGUAUGA